UUUAUCUGUUCAGCCACAUGAAGCAGAGGCAGAGCAUUAACACUGUCGACAUAAAAGUAACAUUUAACUCUGACACCAUUCACAUCAGUGCUUGGUGCAUUUUGACAAGGACCAGCCAAUUUAGUGAGGUUGUAGAGAAGUUCUUUGUUGAUCAAAGUUGAGGAUAAACUCAUCAGAAUCCAAUAAAUAACAUGGAGCAUCUUUCUUUUAUUAAAAUUGUACAUCAAGCUACAGCUCUUCUGUUCUUUGUCAUUGUUCUGGAAUUGAACGCACAGACUAAUACAGAUUCAUCAUCACUCCCUUUCACUUCAAGUAUUUCUUCAGAUGAUUCUCACACAUCUCCCCAAACACCUCAUACAACAGCCCCUGCCAUUACAAGCUCUGGAUCUCAAAUAACAGCCUCUGCCAUUACAAGCUCUCCUUUAAAUCAGUCUCAAACAUCAGAUCUUACAACCUCUGCCACUGCAAGCUCUCCUUCACCUCAGUCUCAAACAUCAGAUACUACAAAUUCAUCAUCACUCCCUUUCACUUCAAGUAUUUCUUCAGAUGAUUCUCACACAUCUCCCCAAACACCUCAUACAACAGCCCCUGCCAUUACAAGCUCUGGAUCUCAAAUAACAGCCUCUGCCAUUACAAGCUCUCCUUUAAAUCAGUCUCAAACAUCAGAUCUUACAACAGCCUCUGCCACUGCAAGCUCUCCUUCACCUCAGUCUCAAACAUCAGAUACUACAAAUUCAUCAUCACUCCCUUUCACUUCAAGUAUUUCUUCAGAUGAUUCUCACACAUCUCCUCAAACACCUCAUACAACAGCCCCUGCCAUUACAAGCUCUGGAUCUCAAAUAAGUGAGUACUUUUAUUCAUGGACAACUGAGUAA